GGCACACGACGUUGCUUGUAAAUCAGCUUCAAAGAAAUUUAAUUUUACCGUAAUUUCUCCGGAGAUCUAAAAAUCUUCAAAACUAAACCACUGUAAUCGCUUUAGCAGCAGAAGCGAGGUCAAACCGACGUCAAAUCUCGCAAAUCCGAGGCGUUUUCCACUAAGAAAAUGGCGACUACGACUGAGGGGCAAUCAAAAAAUGAAAUCGCAAAAAGUGUAUUUGAUUUAGGAGCUUUUGUUGGUGAUUUAGGCUCCAUUGAAGAUGAUGCCGCUAGUGAUGAUAUAUCAUUAGAAGGACUUGAGCAGGAACUAGAAGAAUGCAGAAAUGAUGAUGUAGUUACGAAUAUAUUGUCGAAAGGGACGAAGUUGAGAGAUCACACAAAAGGGGUUGAGAAUAAUUUACGGCAAGUUGAGUUGGAUUCGAUUCAGGAUUAUAUAAAAGAAAGUGAUAAUUUAGUGUCUCUUCAUGAGCAAAUUCGUGAUUGUGAUAUCAUCUUGUCGCAGAUGGAAACUCUACUUAGUGGUUUCCAGGGUGAGAUUGGUUCUAUAAGUUCGGACAUUAAGAUUCUCCAGGAGAAGUCGAUGGAUAUGGGUCUGAAGCUGAAGAAUCGCAAGGCAGCUGAAUCAAAACUGGCAAAAUUUGUUGAAGACAUUAUAGUCCCUCCCAGAAUGGUAGACAUAAUUGUUGAUGGAGAGGUUAAUGAGGAGUAUUUUAGAACUCUCGAAAUACUUAGUAAGAAGCUGAAGUUUGUUGAAGCAGAUCAAUUGAUUAAAGGUUCUAAAGCUCUAAAAGAUGUUCAGCCUGAGCUUGAAAAGCUCAGACAGAAAGCAGUUACAAAGGUGUUUGACUUCAUUGUUCAGAAACUUUAUGCCUUGAGAAAACCCAAAACAAAUAUUCAGAUCCUUCAACAGAGUGUUCUUUUAAAAAACAAGUAUGUCAUUUCUUUCCUCAAGGAACAUGCCAAGGAGGUAUAUAUUGAGGUUCGUGCAGCAUAUGUCGAUACGAUGAACAAGGUACUUAGUGCACAUUUCCGUGCUUACAUUCAAGCAUUGGAGAAAUUGCAGUUAGAUAUAGCAACAUCUAGUGAUUUGAUUGGUGUUGAGACCACAAGAAGCACUGGUCUUUUCUCAGCUGCAAGAGGACCGCUAAAGAAUAAAUCAGCUGUAUUUGCUCUGGGGGAGAGGAUCAACAUUUUGAAGGACAUGGAUCAACCAGCAUUGAUUCCUCAUAUAGCUGAAGCCGGUUCCCAAAAGUAUCCUUAUGAGGUUCUUUUCAGGAGCUUGCACAAGCUGCUAAUGGAUACUGCUACUUCUGAGUAUCUCUUCUGUGAUGAUUUCUUUGGGGAAGAAUCCAUUUUUAAUGAAAUUUUUGCAGGCCCAUUUGCUGUUGUUGAUGAACACUUCAAUUCAAUACUACCUAAUUGCUAUGAUGCCAUAGGCCUGAUGCUAAUGAUUCGCAUAAUACAUCAGCACCAGCUCAUUAUGUCUCGGCGGCGGAUUCCAUGCCUGGAUUCAUAUUUGGACAAGGUCAACAUUGCUUUGUGGCCUCGUUUUAAGAUGGUAUUUGACUUGCACCUUAGCAGCCUCCGUAAUGCAAAUGUAAAGACAUUGUGGGAAGAUGACGUCCAUCCUCAUUAUGUCAUGAGGCGUUAUGCUGAAUUUACAGCUUCUCUUAUUCACCUUAAUGUUGAAUAUGGAGAUGGACAGCUUGAAUUGAAUAUGGAGAGGCUGAGAAUGGCCAUUGAUGACUUGCUCAUGAAGCUAGCUAAAACAUUCCCAAAACCAAAACCACAAAUUGUGUUCCUUAUAAACAACUAUGAUAUGACCAUCGCUGUUUUGAAGGAAGCUGGCUCAGAAGGUGGGAAAAUUCAAUUGCACUUUGAGGAACUGCUGAAGAGCAACACUUCGAUGUUUGUGGAAGAGCUGCUACUAGAGCAUUUUAGUGACCUAAUCAAGUUCGUGAAAUCCCGAGCCUCGGAGGAACCGGGUUCUAGCACCGAGAAGCCCAUAACUGUUGCUGAAGUCGAGACAAUUGUGAAGGAUUUUGCAAGCAGAUGGAAAGCUGCAAUAGAGCUGAUGCACAAAGAUGUUAUCACUUCUUUCAGCAACUUCUUAUGUGGCAUGGAGAUCUUGAGAGCUGCAUUGACACAGCUCCUGCUUUAUUAUACAAGGCUAUCAGAUACAAUAAAGAAGAUCGUCGGCGGGUCUGCGCUGAACAAAGAUCUUGUGUCUAUAUCAUCAAUCAUGUACGAAAUCAGGAAAUAUUCAAGGACUUUCUAGAUCAUUGAUGUUAUGUUAGCAAACACAAUAUCCUACGAAGUCCAUGGAUCGAAGGAGUAAGCAUGUAUUAUCUGCCCCAGCAAGUACUCUUCGACUUCGGAAAGUACUAGACAACAAAAAUUGCACAAAAACAAUUGCUCACGGACAGAAUUCAGCUUCACAGUUGCUGAGGAAGUUUCUUCACUUGGUUCAUGUUUGGUGUGGAAAGCCGCCGGCCGACCGGUUCGUGAAACCUUUGCCGUGAUUUUGUUGGUUGCAGAUUUUUGGAUACCAGCGUGUUCUUUCAAGGUGUUUAUUUUUAUUUUUUAUUUCAUCUGUCUUAAAGCACGAAGUCAAGAAGUCUGAUUUGGAAAAUGCGUGGAUUUAUUGAAAAGAAGCAAAAGCCAAGCUAGCAGUAGAGUUAAAAGCAAGAGGUAAAAGUUCAGUAUUAUACAAGAUGCUGAGGAAUGUAUCAAACCAGUAAUAUUGUAACACCUGGCCUGACAAAUCAUGUCGGUGUCUUGUAUUUCACUCUUUUUUUAUAGCUUAUGAGAUGAAGCAUUUCUUC